AUGUCUGCAAAUACGGGAGCGCUGUCGCGGGCAGAGGCCGAUUUGGGGGCUCAUGUGAAGAAGGCCACGAACCCCGAUGAGACGGCUCCGAAGAGAAAGCAUGUGAGAGCGUGUAUUGUGUAUUCGUGGGACCACCGGUCGGGACGUGCGUUUUGGAACGCUUUGAAGGUCCAGCCGUUGCAGAAUGACGAGGUCCAGGUGUUUAAAGCGCUUAUUACCGUUCAUAAGGUGCUUCAGGAGGGUCAUCCAUCGGUUUUGAAAGAGGCUCAAGCUCAUGUCAACUGGAUCAAUUCACUGACUCAUGGAAUUAAUAGCGGUCCAGGCGGCCAUCAUGGCUAUUCUCGUCUGAUUCAGGAAUAUGCUAGGUUGCUGCUCAAGAAAUUAUCGUUUCAUCGGUCUCAUCCGGUGUUUAACGGCACAUUUGAGUAUGAAGAGUAUAUUUCGCUGCGAAGUGUUAAUGACCCUAAUGAGGGGUAUGAGAUUAUUAUUGAUUUGAUGAAUUUGCAAGAUGCAAUAGACGAUUUCCAGCGACUGGUUUUCUCGUCGUUGCACAGCGGUAGGUCGAAUGAAUGCAAAAUCUCGUCUUUAACCCCCAUGGUGGCUGAAUCUUACGGUAUUUAUAGGUUUUCUACAAGUAUGUUGCGAGCUAUGCAUUCUACAGCAGGUGAUUUAGAAGCUCUAGAACCACUGCGUUCGAGAUACCACUCGCAACACCGUCGCUUGCUUGAUUUUUAUUAUGACUGCUCUAGUUUAAAGUACUUGACUAGUCUAAUCACCAUUCCGAACCUUCGACCCGAACCUCCUAAUUUGUAUGGUGAAGAGGACGAGGCUCCUGCUCUGCCCAAACGACCUGGUCAAGGUCUGGAAAGAGAAGCUUCGAUUGGGUCGUCAAAUGUAACACCAACUCCUACUCCUAGUGUGCUGCCAGAACAAGAGUCUGCUGGCGACUGGUGGGGAAGUAACAAUGCCAAUGCCAAUGCUCAGUUAUUGCAACAACAGCAGCUGGAGGAACAACAAAGACAGUUGCAAGCACAACGAGAUGCUGAGCUGCUUCGUCAACAACAGCUGGCCGAACAACAACAACGUCAGUUUGAAGAGCAGCAACGGUUACAAUUAGAACAGCAGCAACAGGCUCAACAAGCGCUGAUUCGCGAUCAAAUGCAACGACAAGCUGAAGGACGAGCUGCCGAGCUGGAAAGAGAUAUUCUUCAGUUAAGAGGACAAUAUGAACAGAACCAGCUUUUGUUAGAGCAGUAUGACCGCCGUGUCAAGGCUCUUGAAACCGAACUGGGCCAACUGAACACUAACACAAGUUUGCAAUUAGAAUCGAAAAACGACUUGAUCCAGUCAUUGCAGGAACAGGUGUCUAUGUGGAAAACGAAAUACGAAUCGCUGGCUAAGUUAUACUCGCAACUGCGUCAAGAGCAUUUGGAUUUAUUGAGUAAAUUCAAGCAAGUACAAGCCAAGGCGGCUUCUGCUCAAGAAGCAAUUGACAAACGAGAACGACUGGAACGGGAUCUUAAAGCCAAGAAUUUGGAGUUGGCCGAUUUGAUCAGAGAACGCGACCGCGCUCGAUAUGAUUUGGACAAGUCUCGCGGCAGCUCGAAAGAUCAAUUGGAAAAGCUCGAGCGUGAUUUGAGAUUGAUGCAAGAUAAGCUCAACGACGCUGAGCGUGCUAAAGGAGCCGAUUUGUCGCUGCUUAUUUCUCGACACAACCGGGAAUUGGCCGAACUGGAAGACGCUCUUAAAGCCAAGCAACGGGCUUUGGAUGAUAUUAGCAACGGCCGCUCUGUUAAUGAGAGUGUGUUGCGAGAAAAGGAGGAAGAAGCGGAUAUUUUGCGUGAGACUAUUGCUAGUAUGGAGAAUGCCAUGAAAGAAAUGAGUUUGGACCACCAAGCCAGUUCUGGCGGAAUAAGAAAGUUGGCUGCUAUUAUUGAUGCUAUUUUGAACGCGGCAGCAGAACGAAUCCAGGAAUCGCUUUUCGAAUUUGAGUCUCCCAUGCAAGCAGGUAACCAAAACUCGACUCCAAAUUAUCUAUUAUCGGUGAUUGAGAAAACAUCGACUAAUGCUACCGAUUUCUCGACUGCAUUCAACAAUCACUUGGCCGAAGGUGAGGAAGGAUCCGAUCCAUCGGAGAUUAUUAGGACUGCCACUGCAUUUGCCAAUGCUAUUUCCGACGUGCUUAUCAAUGCCAAGGGUAUUACCAGACUGGCCCGUAACGACGAUUUAGUUGAUGAGAUCUCUGCAGCAUCUCGUGAAUCAGCUGUUGCUGCAACUGCAUUUUUCACCAGUCUCGUGUCGGAUCUGAUUACCGGACUCACCCCUGAAGAUACUACAGAUUUGGUUAUCUCAUGCAACGUUGAAGUACAACAACAUUUACAAACCCUGUCUCAUUUGGCCGAACAAAUGGCACCUAAACUAUCUGUGACCACUAAUGGAUCAACUGAUUUGGGUGAUAUUGUCGAUAAUGAGAUGGCCCGUGUUGCUGAAGCUAUUGCUACUGCUACUGCCAAACUCACCCAGCUUCUUGCCAGACCAAAAGAUCCCAAAUUCUCUACAUUCGAUGUGCAAGUUAACGAAGCAAUUCUUGCUGCUGCUAUUGCUGUAACUUCUGCCGUGGCUGCACUUAUUAAAGCGUCUACAGAAUGUCAACAAGAGAUUGUUGCUCGAGGCAGAGGUUCAUCUUCACGUACUGCUUAUUAUAAAAAGCAUAACCGUUGGACAGAAGGUCUUAUUUCCGCUGCCAAGGUUGUUGCUGGUGCCACAAACAUUCUUAUCUCAUCGGCCGAUGGAGUAUUGGCUGGUAAAAGCAGCCCCGAGCAAUUGAUUGCUGCCUCGAAUGAAGUAGCGGCAUCCACUGCUCAAUUGGUAGCUGCUUCACGAGUCAAUGCAUCGUUUAUGUCCAAGACACAAGAUAAGCUUGAAUUGGCAAGUAAAUCUGUAAGCAGUGCAUGCCGUGCUUUGGUUAAUAAAGUACAGGAUAUUCUUGCACAAAGAUCCACUACCCAAGCAGAAGAAAUCGAUUACUCCAAACUCACGCCUCAUGAGUUUAGAACUGCAGCUAUGGAACAACAAGUCGAGGUUCUCAAACUCGAACAACAGCUUACCGCUGCAAGAAACAGGCUGUUUGAAAUUAGGAAGAUUGAUUACCAAAACGAGGAGGAAGAUUAG